AUCUAGUUUUCAAAAUGGCGGAAAUAUCGUGUCUCGAUAAAUGGAUCGAAAUAACGAAACAGUGCAAAUAUUUACCCGAAAACGAUCUAAAGAAAUUGUGUGAUCAUGUAUGUGAAUUAUUGCUGGAAGAAUCCAAUGUGCAACCUGUGUCAUCGCCAGUAACAGUUUGCGGAGACAUCCACGGACAGUUUUACGAUCUUGAAGAGUUGUUUCGUACGGGUGGACAUGUUCCAGAUACUAAUUAUAUAUUUAUGGUAUACCAAAUCCGAACCAUAGAUCGAAAUCAGGAGAUACCACAUAAAGUGCAUUUUGUGACUUAGUUGGUCAGAUCCGAAGACGUAGACACAUGGGCAAUCAGUCCGAGAGGUGCUGGCUGGUUAUUCGGGUCAAAGGUUGUACAAGAGUUUGUCAAUAUCAACAAUCUUAAGUUAAUUUGCCGAGCUCAUCAGCUGGUGCACGAAGGUUAUAAAUACAUGUUUGACGAGAAACUUGUCACUGUCUGGUCUGCACCUAAUUAUUGUUAUCGAUGUGGUAAUAUAGCGUCUAUUCUUGCAUUCCGAGAUGUUGAUACAAAAGAAGCAAAGUUAUUCCGUGCUGUUCCUGAUUCAGAACGUGUCAUUCCAUCCCGUACCACAACCCCGUACUUCUUAUAGAACUAUAUUAAUAUCUACUGUCGGGCUGUGACACUAAUUGGAACAGCCAACCAUUAAUGCAUUCUGAUUGGCUGGUAGCUAAUCACAUGCUGUAGAUGAACGUCUGUGAUUGGCUGCUCCCAUACUGAAUAAGGGUGGAAAUCACUGUCGAUUUUGUACAAGAUUUUUUUUUUUUUUUUUUUAAUAGAGCUGUUGUAUAUUUUAUUUGUUAGAAAAGGUGUUACUUCAAAAAACUUUUCUUUAGAAAACAACAAAUUGUAGAAUGAUUUUUUUAAGUGUAUUUCUGACAAAUAAAGCAUUACUGUAUUUAUUCUGUUAGAAGCAAAUAGAGGCACAUAAAGGAAACAAUUGUUUGGUUUAGUAAAAUUUAUAAGUGCUUUUUAUUUGUUCAUACAGAGCCAAUACAGUAAUGAACUCACUGUGAUUAUAAUUUACAAAUGUCAGUGUUUCUGAAUUCUCAAAACCAUUCUAACCUAAGAGUGUGCACAGGAUGACAGUGCCCAGUGAUUCAAACAUGAACAGUUACCGAUAUAUCUAGAAAUGUAAAAUUUCAACUUACUAGGAAUGUUUAAGGAUUUAAGUUUGGCGUUUUUCCUGACACAAGAUUCUACUCCAGUUUAGUUGAUUUUGUUUGAAGGUUUUUCUGUAUAACUGAAUGUGACUGCAAGUUUGUCAUUUUAUCCCCCGCCCCCUAUUGUAUUGUCAUAUUUUCCACAUUAAACAUGUCUAUUGACA